GAAGUUCUCAGCAUGGCUCCGGAGAGCACGUCACUCCUGAGAGCUGGACUCGUGUUGUUGUUUGCAGCUCAAGUCCUGCCAUCAGUGUCUGGCUGCUACUUGGGUUUCUACGAGAGGCUGAUCGAUGAUCUCUGCCUGGUGAAGUUCAAAUUCGACAUGGCGGCUCUAGACAGAGGCCUGUGGUGCAGCUGGCCGGACACCAUGGAGAUCUACGAGGGACUUGCGAACUGUACUCACAAGGUGGCGCUCAAGGUGGACUGCUUCUGGCCGAAUCACAUCGUGGACCGCUUCUUCAUGCAGGUCCACCGGGUCUACUUUCACGACUGCGCCCUGACCGGCCGGCUCCUCCACGAUCCGCCAAUCGGCAUCCUCGCCCCCUUCAUCGCCAUACCGGUGCUGAUCACGCUCCUCAUGACGGCUCUGGUGGUGUGGAGGAGCAAACGCACAGAAGGGGUGUUGUGAAGUCGGGUUCUUGAAUGUGCACAUGGACUCAUAACAGAGACAGAUCAUGUGAAGGGCUAAUUUUUUGUUCAUAUUUGUACAGGUGCCUCUACUGUGUGUGGCCUAUAACUCAAACCAGACCAGUUUCCACAGGUCUGAUGUGUUUGAGUGAUUAUUCUUCAUCCACAGGGGGUGCCAAGAUCAUC